AUGAGGGCAGCCGCGCCAGCUUGGAGCCCCCGCACCCGGCCAGAGACGCGACGUCAGGCCAGAAAGAAUGAGGGGGCCACUGCAGGCUCGCGGACGUCCAGGGCGGAGAGGGAGGGUGACAGGACGUGUCCCCCCUCCAUCCUGAGACGCAGCCCGCCAGAGCGCCCCGGCCCAGGAGCCCAGCCUCGGAGGACCUCGAGACGCGUGCGGUUCCGAGAGCCCCCGGAGGAGGCCGUCCACUACAUCGCUGGCAGGGACGCCACGGCCACCACCAGGGCGCCUGGCCGGCCCGCGCCCCGCGGCUCCCGGCUCCUGCGACUGUCCGUGUGCAUCCUGCUGGCGGCGGCUCUGGGCCUCUACUGCAGCCAGGCCAAGCCCAUGGCGAUGACCCUGGAGGACCUCCGGGCCCGGCUCCACGUCCUCCUCUUGCACCUGCGGCACGUGGCCCUUACCUGCUGGCGCUGCCUCCUGCAGCUCUGA